AUGCUAGUUUUAUUUUUUCAAAAAUCACAUUUAGCAAACUGUCUUUUAUGGGAUACUGUUUUAUCUAUGAAUAUUAAAGGUGGUUCAUUAGAGACAUAUAGCGAAACAUGCUGGGAAUCUAUUUAUGAUACAAUGAAUUCUAUUAUUCACGUUAAGCCUGCAAUUGAUAAGUCUAUAGCAACUUUGGCUGAUUGUUUUAUAGGAAUAGUUCAAAUAGCUAUUGCUCUUAAGAAAAUACCCAUCAGUAAUGAUCUUUGUGCUCUUGCUAUUGCUUUUUCUUUCAAUUUAAUGCCUGCAACAUGGUGGAAAGUUGUUGAAGAUAAAUAUAACUACUUGCAAGAACUAGCAAAAACUAUAUUUGCAAUCAUACCCUUUCAAGCCAGCUGUAAACAAAUUUUUUUUAUUUUAAAGUGGUUCAGUGAAGAAUGUCAUAUAUGGCUUCAAGUUCCAAGAUUAGAAACAAAUGAUAUUACAAUGGCUCUUCAAGAUUUAGUAGAUCUAUCAGAUUUGGUAUUUGGAACAAAUAAUAAUCAAAAAGAAAUUACAUUGUUCAAUAGAGAAGAAACAAAUAUAGCAUUUGAAUAUAUGUCAUUAGUUCAGGAUGCAUUAG